UCAUCUCUUUCCCUCCUCAAUAUUGUAACUCGUGGUGCUCGGUGCAAUCACUUGCGUGCUGAACGCGCUCCAAAUAGGAUGUGUUAUUCACACCUUUUUUUUACGCACACACAACUUUGAUUACAUUUCAAAAAAAAAAAAGUGCUUCUAUUUUUAUAAUUCUUUCUCGCUGUAAAAACCUGAGGCACAAUUAUAUUUAACGUCUUUCAAUGCAAAAGUGUAUAUUAUUUUACAUCUUAUCUCUAUCUUCGUUUUUUGUGUCAAAAGAACUUUUAAAGAAAGUUGAACAUUAGAAAGACUUCACGUGCGUGAAGAUUAUCGCCUCAGAUAAUCUCCAACAGUGCAAUCAAAAAUUUCCUACAUCUUUUGAUAUUAUUCUUAUUGUGAGAAUAAUAGUCGACAUGGAGCAAAUGCUUCUUCAAGAACCUGGUUGGAAACUAGAACGAAAAGGCUCGGCUCUUCUCUUACGUAGAGACAGUUCUUAUCUAAGAACAGCGAGGGUUUGUUUCCGUUGUGAUGUUGAAGUUCGAGAAUUUGAAAGAGACGAAGAUUAUUUUGACGUCGAACCGGAAGUAGCAGCUAGUCCUCUUGCAAUGUGCGCAAGUUGUUUAGCAGCACUUUGUGUCACUGUCGUUCUUCCCUGGCUUCUAAUUGGGGGUUAAAAGUAAAACGAAAAGAAUAAGAAAAUUUCAAUGAAAAUUGAUAAAAAAAAAAAAAGAAGACAAAAAAAAUAUAGUCAAAAUGGAAGAAAAAACGUCAUUUCAGGGAAAUGAAAGAAAUUUUUAGGUACUAAACUUUUAUUUAGCAGAAUUUUUCUUUCAAAAAAUUUCUAUAUUUACCCAAAUUUGAAUUUAGCAGAAUUAUCAUUUAUUAAAAUUUUAAGUACUUGGAAUUUUUAAAUACUAAACUUUUCAAUUAACCGAAUGUUAAUUUAUCAAAAUUUUUAUUUGUAUGAAUUGUUAUUUAAUAGAAUUCAUUUUGUCCGAAAUUGCAAAUAACCGAAAAAAAUAAUCAACAAUCAUGAUUUUCUUGAUAAUUUUUGAUUGGUUAAUUUUUAAAUUCGCGCGCCAAAAUUAUUUUCUAGGUUAUGUUUUUUCGGUGAAUUGUAGUUUCGGACAAAAUGCAAUUUUGGCGUUUUAAGAAUUCCAUCAAAUUACAAUUUGUAAGAAUAAAAAAAAAUUGGUAAAAUCAAGAUUCGGGUAAUAUUUAUUUAAUAAAUAAAUAAUAAUAAUAAUAAUAAUAAAUAAGUUUUUUAUAAAUCCCAAUAAAUAAAUAAAAUCGAUUGUGAAACUUUCAUGGAAAAAAAAAUUCCUCAUUAAAAAAAAAAAAGAGAGGAAAAUAUAUCCCGAAAUGACUAAUUUCUAUUUAAAAGACUAAUUUUGAAACGUACAUAUGUUUCUAAAGGAAAUCCUUUCCUGCAAUAAUUUAUUGUCGUAUGCUAGUCGUUUUGUAUGAGUUUUUUUUUUUAAAGAUAUUGUAUACCUGUAUAUGCUAUUCGUAUAAAUUAAGUAUUUGCUAUUUGAAUGUAAAUCCAAUUUUUUCCACGAACGAAAAACUCUCAGACCAAUUAUUAUUUAUAAAAACUUUGAAAAAUAAAAAAAAUAAGAGAGGAAAAUAAAAUUCG